AUGGCGACCAAGUUUGACAUGAGUGAUCUAGGAAGACUAACCUAUUACUUAGGAAUCGAAGUGUGUCAGUUUGAAGGUGGGAUAAUUCUAACUCAACAACAAUAUGCGAAAAAAAUACUAGAGCAAGCGGGAAUGAAAGACUGCAAUCGAACUCUCACCCCGCUGGAGUCCGGUUUAAAGUUAGCAAAAGCAGAGGGGGAAAAGGAUAUUGAUGCUACAAGCUUUAGGAAAAAUUUUGGAUGCCUUCGAUACCUACUCCACACUCGACCUGACUUAACUUAUUGUGUAGGAGUACUAAGUAGGUAUAUGCAGACCCCUAAAGUCUCUCAUGGUGCUGCGAUGAAACAGAAUCAAGAUACCGUGGCAUUGUCGUCUUGCAAGGCCGAGUUUAUGGCCGGAACAGAAGCAGCUCGACAUGCAAUAUGGCUUCAAGAUUUACUCGAAGAAGUUACAUGCGUGUCUAGUGAGAAAGUCACGAUCAGAGUUGACAACAAAUCAGCAAUUGCCUUGACGAAGAAUCCGGUCUUUUACGAGGUUGAACAUGUCCUUGGACAUGAGCAAAAGGCUGAUAUUUUGACUAAUGCUUUAGGAAGAAUAAAAUUCAAGGAAAUGAGGGAGCUAAUUGGAGUUAAAGACUUGGAGGAGAAUGACUUCAAGCUUAGGAGAGAGAUUGUUGACUUAAGCUUGAAGAAAGCUUGA